AUGGAUGAUGCUGAAUUAAAUGCUAUUAGACAAGCUAGAUUGGCUGAACUACAAAAUAAAACAAACGGUGGUGGUGGUGGUGGUAAUAAUAAUAAUAAAGAAUCGUCAACAACAACAAAUAAUAAUUAUAAUGAUUUAACACUAACUAUAUUGAAUAGAAUAUUAGAAACUGAAGCAAGAGAAAGGUUAAGUAGAGUUAGAAUAGUAAGACCUGAUAGAGCACAAUCUGUUGAAAAUUAUAUAUUAAAAUUAUAUCAAAUGGGUCAAAUUAAUCGUAAAUUACAAGAAAAAGAUGUAGUUGAAAUAUUGGAUGGAAUAAGUAGAGAUGAAAAACAAAAACAGCAAUCAAAAAUUGUUUAUAAUAGGAAACAUACAGAUGAUUAUGAUGAUGAUGAUGAUGAUGUUGAUGAUUUCUUUGAUUAA